AUGGUGAACCACCGCGGUCUCCUCCACCACGCCAUGCCACCACCUGGAGAACGUCCUCUCUCUCCACCACGGAAACCUCCUCGGUCACCACCACGGAAACCGCCUCUAUCACCUCCACGGAAACCACCUCGGUCACCUCCACGGAAUCCACCUGGGGAACGUCCACGAUCUCCACCACGGAAUCCUCCAGGUGAUCGUCCUCUGUCUCCUCCACGGAAUCCACCGCCACCUCCUCGUGGGCUGAAUCCACUUCCUCCUCCACGUCCACCACGGAAGCCUGAAGCUAAAUUUUGCGAACAUGUCUAG